CCGUUGUCCGCGCCAGAUUGCGUAUUAUGGGAUGUGCGGAAUUAAGCAGUCCUAGGAGGACGCGGGCUAGCGGGCGCAAAUAAGAGCGCAGCACCGUGGGCAAUUGCGAGCGAGCGUCAUGGAGCUGUCUGCCGUCGGGGAGAGCGUUUUCGCCGCCGAGUCCAUCAUCAAGCGACGGAUCCGACGGGGUCGUUGGGAAUAUCUGGUGAAAUGGAAGGGCUGGUCUCACAAGUACAGUACAUGGGAGCCAGAGGAGAACAUCUUGGAUGAGCGCCUGCUGGCAGCUUUUGAGGAGAGGGAACGUGAGAGAGAGCUUUUUGGGCCCAAAAAGCGAGGACCCAAGCCUGAGACAUUUCUCUUGAAGGCCAAAGCUCGAGAGAAAACAUAUGAAUUUAGACGAGAUCCAGUCCGACCCAUCCAGGUAUCCUAUCCGGUCCCGGAGCCCAUCAAAACGCCGAGGGCACGGGAAGGUUUGCGAGCUGUGGUCCCCACCAUUUUCCCCCCAAGCGCCGUCAACCGAGGGGAGAGCGUCGUCAGCCAAGCACUCGAACCAGAAAGAAGGCCCAGAUCUGCAACAAGUUCCCACCAAGAGUCAAGUCCAAAAAAGAGAGGACGCAAGCCCAAAUUGCGUCACAGUUACGAGCAGGAUGACGAUGAAAGCGCGGAACCUGCCCCCAAAAUGUUGAGAUGCUUACCUCAUGACAGGAGAGCUUCUGACCCCAGCCUGGCCCAGCUGACCAGAAGGUUCCAGGAGGAGACCACAAUUUCGCCCAGAUCCAGCAGUGACCACACGGGCAUGCCCUACACUCGUACUGACCUAGGAGGCAGGACUCAUUACCUGGCGCUUCUGAAGCACCGUGACAAAUACAGGAACCUGCCGAUAAUUACGGGAGAAGAACUCGGGGUCGUCUGUCCCCCCACGGCCUCCGGCUCCUCGUGGAACCCUCGUUUCACCAACAUGGACACCGUGACCGUCACGGACGUCACCAUGAACCUGCUCACUGUCACCGUCAGAGAGAACUACACCGACAAAGGUUUUUUUCGAGAGAAAAGAUGAGAAACACAGAUGAGGUUCGUCAGAAAAGUUCCAGGACUGUCGUCGCAAACCAUUUGAAGUGCUGUCUUGACUUACGAGUAACCAGACCAACAUGUUUUUCAAGAUACGAGCGGUCAUCGGGAUCUUUUGCCUUUACUUCUGAGCAAAAACUUGAGACAAGUACUCAACUCACCGCACACCAAGCAGCAGUUAGGUAGAUAACAAAGGAUUCUUC